GCAGCUUAAGCCAAUAUAAAUGCUUCCAAAGGUCGGCAAAUAUUUGUCUAUACUAUGCUAAAUACACCCUCCAGCCCCGCUCUGUUCACCACUUCACCUUCAAACUUGUUAACUUUAUUUUCCUUCCAAAGUCCAUCCGUUAUUUCUUCUUUUUAAAUAUUGUUUCUUCAUCCCCGAGCCUCUUAUUGUCUCCCAUAAAACAAUGGAGGAGUGAAAAAGAAAGGUGUGGUGGGUGGAAUUCGCGCUUUUCUUCUUGCAUUAUUCACUUUGUCCAUCUGUUUACGGCCACAUUAUAUCACUCGGAGUAGUGGCUUGUUUUUGAAAAAGUUAGAAGAGUCGAUACGAUGAGGAUUCUAGAUUUGUUUGUCGUUGCUUCUAUGCCAAUUAUGAAGGUGCUCAUGCUGACAGCACUUGGUUCAUUUCUUGCCUUGGAUCGUAUAGAUGUUAUGGGGGAGAGUGCAAGGAAGCAACUGAAUAAUGUUGUUUUUUUCGUGUUUAAUCCUGCAUUGGUCUCUAGCAGCUUGGCCAAAACGGUUACCUUUGAGAGCAUUGUAUUGUUGUGGUUCAUGCCAUUCAAUAUCCUGCUUACAUUUAUUAUUGGCACAGCAAUGGGAUGGUUACUAGUAAAAAUUACAAAAGCUCCUCAACAUAUAAGAGGUCUUAUUCUGAGUUGCUGUGCAGCAGGAAACGUGGGACACUUGCCCUUAAUUGUCGUUCCAGCAAUCUGUAGGGAGAAAGGCAGUCCCUUUGGAGCUCCUGACAUUUGCCAUACGUAUGGAACGGCUUAUGCUUCACUUUCCAUGGCGAUUGGAGCCAUUUACUUGUGGUCAUUCGUGUACAACGUUGUCCGAGUUUCCUCAGCAAAGGUCAACAAAGAAGUUAACGGAGAUGAUUCAACUAGAGUUAUGAAGUCUACUGGCACAGGAGGCAUGCCAUCGCCAACCUUACCUGAUCAACAGAAUUACUCCGAACCUCUUCUUCCUUCCAAAAAUUGCUCCAUCUCUGUGUAUACACAUGAAUUGUCGUUUUCAUGCGCCAAAUCAAAGGGAACUGUCAAGGUAUCGGAUUUCGACAAGACCUGGCAGUAUUUAAGGAUAAUUUCUCGAAAACUCAAUUUGAAGGCUAUAUUUGCACCUUCAACUACUGCUGCGUUUAUUGGGUUCACUAUGGGUCUAGUUCCCCAAAUUCGAAAUCUAGUAAUUGGUGGUAAUGCUCCCUUCCAUGUGGUUCAAGACUCUGCUUCCCUGUUGGGGGAUGCAGCCAUCCCGAUCGUGACCCUGAUAGUGGGAGGAAACCUUCUAAGAGGUUUGAAAGGACCAGCUGGUAUUUGCAUGUCACUGGUAAUUGGAGUAAUUGCUGUUCGGUAUGUUUUGCUCCCCUUGUUGGGCAUUGUCAUCAUAAAGACUGCAGUCCGGUUUGGUUUGGUGCACUCCGAUCCAUUAUAUCAGUUCAUUCUUCUGCUACACUACGCACUUCCACCAGCAAUGAAUAUAGGCACAAUUACCCAAUUAUUUAGAGCUGGAGAGAGCGAAUGCUCUGUGAUAAUGCUGUGGACAUACGGGUUAGCCUCAAUUUCACUUACACUCUGGUCGACUGCGUUCCUAUGGUUAGUGAGUUGAUUAAAUUGGUAGUUGUUCUCAAAGUACCGAAUUAUUUUGGAGUUGUAAGCUUGUUAUUGCUACCUAGCUAAUUACAUUUGCUUGAGAUCUGCAACGUAUCGUUAUCUUUACGACUUAUUAUGGCUAUCUAUGCUCUGUGAUAAUGCAGCGUCUUUAAUGCAUUUAAUACAUGUUAUUUCUA